CAUCCGUUUUUUUAACUCUCCUUCUCUGUUCCUCUCUCUCCCUGUCUCUCUCUCUCUCUCUCUCUCUGCGUUGGGAGAGGAAACCCGGUCCCAUUCUUGCCGGAAAGUCCUCUAUCGGACGGAAAGAUCCUUGGUCUUCCGGUAGGUGAGGAAGAACGGGGGAUUCAGGAGAGUCGGUCCACCUGGAGAUUUUGUUGUCGAUCGAUUCGCUUCGGUGUCUCUUUUUGGUCUUCCUUUUUUGGGUUCGUCUCUCCGACCAACUGUAUGCAUUGGCGUCAGUUGAUGGUGCAUGCUUUCAGAAACUAAUUGCAUCUACAUUAGCUCCAGUUUGAAAGACAGAAAUCUCAAAUGCAAGGACAAAGGAGUACUGUUCAUUCCUUUCUUGAAGCAUUUGAGUUUGACAAUGGAACUAGCUCGGGCAGCGACCAACAAAUUUAUUGGAAUAACUUGACAAACCCAGGGGACUCUCGAAACUUGCGUGAUUAUCUAUUGUCUUCUAGUGAUCCUGUGAACUUGCCAUUUGUAGAUCCCACUGCUCACGGUGGAAGCAGCUUAAACAGCAGGUCUUUGGGCAUUAAUUUGGGCCAACAGUCGGUUAAUCAUCCCAACCAUGAUGAUGUCAAGAUGGAUGAGGAUUGGACCUCAUCGUUGUCAAUACAUCCUGGAGCUAGUUCAUCAUUGGAGCCAAGACGGUUGGAACAGUCAGAGAUUCCUCCUUUGGGAAGUAUAAAUAUCAACCUACACAAUGGUCUCCCAAAUAUGCCGUUGCAUCACCAGAAUUCCUGUCCCAGCAGUGCUCUCCAAAGUUCUGAGAGUCUUACUGAAUAUGUUGGGACUGAUAUUCAGCCACUAAUAGAUGGUACUUCUGGUUCUAACCAAUAUAAACCGUUGGCAUCUGUGACAGGGCAGAUGCUAUCUGCCGGCAGUUCUUCUGAUCCUGGUGGAAGCUCAUCAGCAAUGAUGAGUGAUUUUUUAGAUGACAAUGGCUCCAGAUCUGGUUGUUCUAUGGAUGGAAGGCGAUUUUCCUGCAAAAGGAAGAACUUUGAGACAGUGUCUGGUCAAUCAUCACUAGGUGGCAGCAGUUCCUUUCAGAGAGUUGAGGACAACAUUCGACAAAUUCUUCCUUCCAGGCAUAAUAGUGCGUUGAGUAUUGCUGUUCCUCCACAGAAUCCUUCAAGUGCCCAAUCUCUUGGAGAACAGUUGCAUCCACUAGUCAGUGGCAGCAGUAGUAGAUUGGCUUUAGACUGUCAUUCUUCUUUGCCCGUGGGAAGUGAUGCCGAGAGCUCUCAGAGAAAUUUCCGUAUGAGAGUGAAUCCAACCUAUCCUCAAGAAUCAACCUCGAGUCACAUUUGGCCUGCUGCUAAUUCUGUGAGGAGAAAUGGCUGGCAACCUCACCCAUCUACUGACAGAAUUUUCUCACCAAACCGGUUCUUGGAUUCGAGAUCACUGAUUUCUAGUACUGGUUCUUCUCAUAAUCAAUCUAAUGCCUCGCAUCUCCCUGGUUUUCAUCAAUAUUUACAGUCUUCGAGAUGGAAUGGAGUGUCGAUUCCAAGAAUUGGCAGUUCGUCAAGUUCUCACGUUGCCUCUGGGGAGAGGUCAACUGAUUUACGUGAAGAUGCAAGACCAAGGACUUUGCCUAGAAGCGUACCAGAUCAUUUAAUGCUUCCACCACCCCUUGAGACAAGGCAUCAUGCUCAAGAUCCAGCUAACUGGAGCCAGUCCAGCAGGAAUUUACCUACAGAUACAAGUUCAGCCUCUAUUGCUGGGUCAAGCUCUGGCCCUUCUAGUUCAGGUGCUAGUUGGACGCCUGGCCCAGUUGCUUUUGCACAUCUUCAUCGCAGGUUGUCAGAGGGUCGUAGGUCUUUCUUUCCAUCUUCAGUCUCCGAAUCUGGCAGCCAACCCAGUGCUUUACAACCAUCCCGCUCAGUGCCUGCCACUUCCUCAGCAGAGGUGGUCCUUCCACCAAAUGCUGGUACUCAGAGGCAUUCACAUCGUUAUCUGCGAUCUGCAUUUUUGAUGGAUAGACCAGGUGAUGGAAUUCUCGGGGUGCCUUUGUCAUUGACAAAUCUCCAAGCUAUAAGCGAGGGACGACUUAGGCUAGUCUCUGAGAUCCAGAGUGCCUUGGACCUCAUCCGUCGAGGUGAACGAUUGAGAUUUGAGGAUGUUUUGAUUCUGGACCACCCAGUGUUUUAUGGUGGAGCAGACUUGCAUGAUCGGCAUAGAGACAUGCGGUUAGAUGUAGAUAAUAUGUCAUAUGAGGAAUUAUUAGCAUUAGAAGAGCGUAUAGGAAAUGUUAGUACAGGAUUGAGUGAAGAAACUAUAUUGAAGUGUCUGAAGCAGUCCAAAUAUAAUUCUUCAGCAAAUCAUCCAUCAGUGGAUGCUGAACCAUGCUGUAUUUGUCAGGAGGAAUAUGUGGAUGAGGAGGAUCUUGGCACACUGGAUUGUGGGCAUAACUUCCAUGCGGGCUGCAUCAAGCAGUGGCUCAUGCACAAGAACUUGUGUCCAAUUUGUAAAACUACAGCCUUGGUUACCCCAUGAUGUUCGUGGUAGACCUGGCUGAUGGCAUCAUAAGAAGAGCGGAAGCGCUUAGGCACUGGUGCCAACCCUCAAUUUCAUCCAAUUCAACAUCUUGAUAAUAGAUAAUAUUGAAAUUAUAGUUUA